CGGAUCGGCCACCUGCAGCUCUCCGGUGACUGACGGGAAAUUAAAACCGCGUCCUGCGGGAGAACUUGGGAACAGCGAGCAUCUCGCCUUGGACUCUUAAAAACAUUUCGCAUUCUAGUUUUUAUAUCAGCUGCAAAGCCACUGACUGCUGGACAGAAAAAGGGAGCAUGUCAAGUCAUCGUGGUAACACAGGGCAGGGACAGCCUGCUCAAGAUUGAUUCUGUCCCAGGAUGCACCAGCUGUUCCGUCUAGUGCUGGGACAGCGAGACCUGUCCCGUGCAGGAGACCUCUUCUCUCUGGAUGACAGCGAGAUUGAAGACUGUCUGUCCCAAGCCCUGGAGAAAAUCAAAGUCAUAUCCUGUUCACCGGACUACUUGACAAAUGACAAUGACCAAGCGGUGGUGGAGAUCUGCAUUACACGCAUCACUACAGCCAUUCGGGAAACAGGUUCAAUCGAGAGGCAUGGAGCGGCUCUUGUGUCACUGUGGGAGUCGUGUCUCGAGCAUAACCUCCAGCCGCAGGGCAAAGAUGAAGACACACCCCAUGCCAAGAUCGCCUCUGACAUCACCAGCUGCAUCUUGCAGAAUUACAACAGGCCUCCUGUGAUGGCAUUAGCGGUCCCUGUGGCAGUGCGGUUCUUGAGGCAGGGGAACCAAGAGCUUAGUAGAAACAUGGCCAGCUACUUGUCACUGGCUGCCAUUGCUAAAGCAGAACUCCUGGCCCAACACACAGAGGCCAUCACCUGCAGCGUGCUAGGAGGAAAUGCAAUGCUGUUGAGAGUGCUGCCAUCUGUGUAUCCUCGACAACCAGAGCCCAUCCAUCAACACGUCCGUGAGCUGACGGCGAUGAUGUCCCGGUUGGACCAGGCCAACAGACAGCACCUGCUCAGACUACUGCAGAUGAUCUCUGACCUUCACCCCCUGGUAUUGUCGUCUUUGGUGCCAUCAUUGAUCGGUUAUGUCAGUGACAGUGAUCUAGGUGACACUGCUUUGGGUGUGUUGGUGAACGUGGCUCAGGCAAGCCCCGCCUCUCUCGUUCCCUUCCUGUCCAGGCUAAGAAAUGUGGGUCAGAAGAACCCUUGGUUCCUGGGACACAUCGCUAAGAUCCAUGGAGCAGUGGGUCUGAGUAGUGAGGUACAAGCUCGGGGGGCGCUGCAGUAUCUGGUGUCACUGUUAGCAAGUAUGGAGCAUAGCGCCCAUCACACACUACUGCUGGAAAUUCGCUGCCUGACCGAUCGCUACACUUCCAUCCUGGGUGGCGGAGGAAAAGACAUCUACCGCAUGAGCAACAGUUUCACCACCAUCGCUCGACUGCUGGGACGCACACUGGAGGCUGACAGCACACUUAACAGAGAGGAGGAGAAUGUGCAGGAUUUGUCCAGGCCGUGUGAAGCUGAGUCUGGUUCUGACAUUUUUGCUGAGAACAAGCAACUGCAGGUGAAGAUCCAGGCUUUUGAGCAGAAGAUGGGCGAUGAGGUGGAGGAAUUUGAGGAAGAGAGUGCUUCUCCUGGUCCUCAGAGAAGCCACAGUCUGAGUCAGGCAGCACGAGACGAGCGCAGAGAGAUGAGGUUCAACAGGUCAAAGAGUCUGGCUCUUCACGCUGUACGCACACGAUCCAUUAACUCUGACAGCAGUCCAGAGGGAGAAGGGGUGGAUCUGAGCGCAGAACUCUCUGUCUGUGUGGCCAUUCCUAGUUCAGAGACUGGUUCUGCCCUCAAGACCCUGCAGGAGGACCACAAACUCACAGAGACUCAACCUGACACGUCUCCAAACAGUGAGGGGCUAAAGGUGGCGACUGGAGAUCCCCGGGAGGGAGAUCGACUCUGGAUCCACCUAAGAGACAACAUGGAAGAAAUCAACACCUUCUGUGCAGAAAUGAUCAAGCAAAUCCCCAUACCUGAGCACUGUGUCAUUGAAGACUCACACCGUGGCUGUGUAGCUAAGUUGUCCUUCUCCUGUCCACUGAAAGGACACUACUGCUUGUACGGGAAGUCCUGUUUCUCACUGUGUAGCCCUCAGCCACACCUCUGGAUCCAAAUCAUGCUACUGGCACUGCAGAGUAAAGUGAGCGAGGUGUUGUGCUGUCAAGAUGAGUGUGUUAAGCAGCUAAGGAGACUUUGGGAGAAAACACAGCUGACUGGAGCUCACAGCUUUGAAGUGGCCAUGACUCAGACAACUGUUCUUCACAAGAAGGAUGUGGACAGUUUGCAGAUGUAUCUGGAGGAGGUUCGUUUCUUUGACCUGUUCAGCUACAGUGAAGAGGAGGGUGGCUGGCUCUGUUUCAUGUGCAGUAACCCUGAGAAAGCCACAGUUGUUAACCUGGACGGCCAGCCACUCAUUGAGGGGAAGCUGAAAGAGAAACAAGUGCGCUGGAAGUUCAUCAAAAGGUGGAAAACACGUUAUUUUACCCUCGCUGGCAACCAGCUUCUCUUUCGAAGAGGAAAAUCAAAGGAUGAACUGGACAACAGCACAAUUGAACUUAGCAAAGUGCAAAGUGUUAAGGUGGUUGCAAAGAAGAGGCGUGACCGUGGACUGCCCAGAGCCUUCGAGAUCUUCACAGACAGCAAAACCUACGUGCUGAAAGCUCAAGACGAAAAGCAUGCAGAAGAGUGGCUGCAGUGCAUCAAUGUGGCUGUGGCCCAGGCCAAAGAACGCGAGAACCGCGAGGCCACCACAUACCUGUGAUACUUGUUCUGCUGAGGAUCCUGUGGGUUUAUCAAGUCAGAUGGGUGCGUCUUAUUGCCACAAUUUUACAUUAUGACAGUUUAUUAACAUCAGAGACAAAAGUACUGUCUCAAAUGCCACCUUCAACCUUUGCAGUCAUCCUCCACAUAAAUUCUUGCAAUGGCAAGCCACUAA